GAAGUCCCUCAGCAGGACAUUGAGAAAUAUUACCCGUAGUUCAUCAACAAUGUCUUCAGUUCAGCAUUUGAGAGAGUUAAUGAACGAGAGACUAACUGCUGCUGCUGAAGAAAUAUUCAGAGUUUUUCACAAAACUAUCGUCGAGUAUGAAGAAGAGAUCGACCGUCAGCGCAGACUGCUGGAUACCGUUUGGAAACCUCAAAUAAACCGACACAGAUCAGAGCUCCCACAGCACCAUGUCUAUAAGGAGGAGGAGGAGGAGGUUCUCACUGACGAGCAGCUCUGCAACCAGGAGACGACCUCCAGUUUGGACCAAGAGGACCCAGAGUCUCCACAAAUUAAAGAGGAGCAGGAGGAGCUCUGCACCAAUCUGGAGAUAGAACAGCUGGUGGUGAAGCAGGAGACUGAAACCUUUAUGUCGACUGAUAUUUGUGAGGAAGGUGACAACAGUGAAUAUCAGACUCUGGAUUUCAUGAUUGAUGAUGUUGUCAGCAUGUCAGUUAAAAGCUCUGAGGUACCAGAAACAAAUAGUGAUGACCAGCUCCUCUCCCAUAACUCUCAUGUGGCUGAGAGUCAAGAUCACAAAGGAGGCAAACAAGGAGACUCAGGAUCUACUAGAAAUACAGGGACAAAACCACAAAAGGGACAUUAUAAAACUAAAAGUCACGGUGACAAUGUAUGUAGCCCUACCACAUCAAAGAUUCAGCUGGAUACUGAAACAGGUGAAAAGUUUUUGAAGUGUGACACUUGUGGAAAAGCUUUCAAGUAUAUUUCUCACUUGAAAGUACACCACAGAGUCCACACAGGUGAGAAGCCGUACACAUGUGACACUUGUGGGAAAAGAUUUUCUCAGCAGAGCGCAUUAAAAAGUCAUAUGACAGUCCACACAGGUGAGAAGCUGUACACAUGUAACACUUGUGGGAAAAGAUUUUCUCUGCAGACAAUAUUAAAACAGCAUAUGAGAGUCCACACAUGUGAGAAUAUAUACCCAUGUCACACUUGUGGGGAAAAAUUUUCUCAUCUGUGUGCAUUACACAAGCAUAUGAGAGUCCACACAGGUGAGAAGCCGUACCCAUGUGACACUUGUGAGAAAACAUUUGUUCAGCUGAGUGCAUUAAAACAGCAUAUGAGAGUCCACACAGGUGAAAAGCCGUACCCAUGUGACACUUGUGAGAAAAGAUUUUCUCAUCUGUGUGCAUUACACAAGCAUAUGAGAACUCACACAGGUGAGAAGCCAUACCCAUGUGACACUUGUGGCAAAAGAUUCUCUCGGCUGGACGCAUUAAAAUCGCAUAUAAGAGUCCACACAGGUGAGAAGCCGUAUCCAUGUAACACUUGUGGGAAAAGAUUUGCUAAGCUGGGCAACUUAAAGGUACAUAUGAGAGUCCACACAGGUUAGAAGCUGUACAAUUGCAAAACUCAAACGAGAUUUCAUACGCAGACAUCAAUUCAAGAUCGACAUGAGAAUGCAUGCACUAGAAAAAGAUUCUGUCACAAGCCAAAUUGAAAAAGCACAGCUAAAUAAAAAGUCUUUUUCUCUGGAGUUAUUCUGUGGACAGAGGACGACCGGAGUGGUUGCAAGCCAAGCUUCUACUAAUGUUUGGUGAGCAUGUUUCUCUGAUAAUGUUAGAUCCGGAUGUCUGAUGAUUAAUAUCUUUCUUCCUGUUAAAAGAUAUAGUUAAAAACAAAUAAAAUGUGGAUUAAAACUAGAUACAAAAGUCGAUCUAUAACAGUUUCUAUUGGACAGCACAAAUGCAUGUACAAAGGGUUCAAUCAAUCAAUCAUAUAUAUUUAUAGCGCCAAAUCACAACAAAAGUCAUCUCAAGGCACUUUACACAUAGAGUAGGUCAAGACCAUACUCUUUGUAUGGUUCAUAAUGCCUGAUAGGUGAUCAAAUGAAAUGAACCAUUACCUUCAUUAAAAUUGUGAAAUUUCUCUGGAUUUGAACAGUGUGGGAAGCAUUUGGGGUGAUUUUGGGCCUUUACGUUUUUUAUACUGUCAACUAGAGUCUCCUUGUCUGAAGCAUUUUUUUUAAUGUUAUUAUUUUAUUGUAUUUGUCUUUUUGCGAUAAGGCAGGAUAAAAUGUAUAUUAUUUGCUGCUGUAGUGAUGACACUAAUUUAUUGAUAUACUAUGGUGGUGUUUUGCAGGUCGCUCUCUUAAGUUUUUAUUUAUUUCAUUUUUAUUUUCGAUUUUAUACUUGUGUAUUUUUUUUCCAGUUUAACUUGAGAUCAAAUGUUUG